GAUAUGGAAAGAAAAAUAUGCAUUGUUGCUACAUGACCUGUGUAUUAAAAGUUUAGUUUGAUUUGUAUACAAAAAUGGACAUAACACUAACAAAAUUGAUUUAUUAGAAACAACCUCGACAAAAUGGAACAACUUCUUGAAGAUCAUGAAGCUGCCACAGAAUAUGGUGAAAUUGCCAAGUAAGUUUUCCUUCAGCAACUACUAUUAUUUUGAGGAUGUCUGUUUACUUAGCUGUUGUAGUGCUUACUGCAUAGUAUUUGAUACAACAAAAAUGUUUAUUUCCUUACAGGUUGGACAAACAGUUGAUGUAAAUUGAAUCUUCUAAAGGUAUCUCCAAUCGGUGGUCUAAUUCGAGUGAUGAAUUUCAUGCUGCCUUAACAUUUGCAGCUGAUAAGAAGAGAUAUAAUAUGUUGAUAAAAUUUGAUAAGUUAUGUAUGGAAAAGCAGUUUUUGUCAUCAUUAAUAAAGAAAUAUGCAGGUAUAUAUACGCAUAUGAAAAUAUUCAAUGGUAUGCGUUUUAUUCUGAGUACAUUGCUAAAAGCGGUAUAUAUUUUUUGUACAAUGGGACAAUCUGUUGUAGAAAAACUAUUGUCAAGCUUAAAGCGUGUUACAGCAAAAAUGAGGGAACUGAUCGCAGAUUAUAUUUCUUACUCCUCGUAACGUACUGCUACAUAUCAGAAGAAUCUUUCAAUAAAUACAGAAAGACAAGUAAGAUCUCGAUUUAAAAACUCCGGACAAGCAACUAUUCAGAAAAUGCUUGAUUGCUUCAAUCUGAUGCAACGUUCUAUUGAAGAACAAGGAGAGACAAAAAAAGACAUGUUAAACAUUUUACAGUUUUACCAAGAACAAAUUAAUAUUGUGGAGCCGUUAUAUCUACAGACUGAUGAAAUGCUGAAGCCAUAUGUGUUAAAUCACCAAUUACAGUUAGAGUUUUAUUUAAAGCAAACAUGGAUUAAAUUUAAAAAAUACAUCAAUUAUUUUUCCAUGAACAUGUGGAUUUUGUGUGUGAUCAAUUUGAAGUGGAUGAAAAUGAAGUGGCCGAGGCACUGGACUCUGUUACUAAUGAAAAUGAUAAUGAAAGUGACGUGCGGCGGUGAUUCGAACAUGGAAUUCAGGUCGGGUGAGAUGCGAACGUGCGGCAGUGAUUCGAACAUCGAUUUCAGGUCGGGUAAGAUGCGAACGUGCGGCGGUGAUUCGAACAUCGAUUUCAGGUCGGGUGAGAUGCGAACGUGCGGCGGUGAUUCGAACAUCGAAGUCAGGUCGGGUGAGAUGCGAACGUGCGGCGGUGAUUCGAACAUCGAAUUCAGGUCGGGUGAGAUGCGAACGUGCGGCGGUGAUUUCCAACAUCGAAGUUUAAAUAAGUUAGGAACACGAUUCCGGUCUAUACAUUUCAUAAACACUUGAACUUAUUUCAACUUUUAUCUGUUGCGCGAAGAUAUACGCUCGGUAACAGGCUAAGCAUAAGUGCUCUGCAGCGCCACCUUACUGUAGCACAGAAGUGCGCAAUUCCAUGA